CGUGUCCCCGUCUCCAUGGUAACCGCUGGGGGGGGCGGGGCCCCGCGGCUGUGAGGCCUUCCCCGGCCGGAUCGUGCCGAUGUUGGUCAGGUGCCCCUCGGUGAGCGGGCCCCAGGCCCAGGCGGAGGGAGACCCCCCCAAUGACCCGCUGGCUCUGGGUAACCCCAGGAUCGGCAGGGCCCGGACCGAGGAGAGCGCCUGGGGGAGCCAGAGCCUGGCCCAGAUCCCAUUCCGGGUGAUGACAGCCCAUACCAAUCAAGCCAGCUGCUGCAAAUUCUGUUUCAGUGACAGCAGGUUUCUGACGUGUUCUUUUGAUGGACGUGUCAUUCUCUGGGAUCUAUUAGGUGGAACUACUAUCUCUGAAUUUCGGCUUCAAUCCACUCCGCUCACCGAGUGUUGCAUCAGUUACGACAACCAAAGAAUUUUUACCACCUCAUGGGACAAAUCAUUGAAAGCAUGGGAUGUCGAAACUGGAAAAGUUUUGUGGUCUGUGGUUCACACGCGACCAUUGACCUGCUGCGAUGUGUCUCUCGAUGGGAAGUACAUUGUGACUGGGAGUGAUAUUGACAAUGCUGUUUAUGUCAGAGCCACUGAAAGUGGGGAAAGCAUCGCAAACCUGCAAGAACAGCACCGCAGCACUGUGACAAGCUGCUGUUUCCAUCCAGAUGGACAGAGAUUGGCAUCUACAUCCUGUGACGGGACUGCCCGAAUCUGGGACAUGUCAGUGAAGAGAACAACCAUGACGUUGAGGAAGCACAGGAAUGUGGUGUCAGAUUGCUGCUUCAACCAGACCGGUAGCGUACUGUGCACAGCCUCCUGGGACAGGUCGCUGCUGGUGUGGGACAUCACCGUGGGCAAUUUCCGAUCCCGGGGCCCACAGAGUCUCAGUGAUGGUCACCAUGGUUGCAUCAGUUCCUGUAUGAUCUCCAACGAUGCAACGCUGAUUGUAGCUGGCUCUUACGACCAAACCAUAUCGAUAUGGGACACAGCCGGACUAUACAGGAAACUGGUUUUAAAGGAUCACCAGGACUGGGUACUGGAUGUUGCUAUCUCCUCCAACAACAAGUGGAUUCUUUCUGCGUGUAAGGAUUCUACUGUGCGUUUGUGGGACAUUGAGAAAAUAGAACAGAUACCAGUCGUCAAAGCUGCGUGGAGGGAGCACGGGGAGAGAGUUGUCAAGUGUACCCAUUGUGAGAAACCGUUCUCAAGGUGCCGCGAUGACAGCUCAGAGAACCUGACCAUCUGUGUGUUCUGCCGUUUGUCAGCAUCACCACGGAGCUCUCUGCGCACUGUCCCCAGCAUGCCCAACAUCCCCACUGUCCCCAGUGUGCUCAGCCUGCCCAGUGUGUCCACUGUCCCCAGCCUGCCCAGCCUCUCAGAGUCAGCACCAAAACAGUGAUCCCAGGAAGGUCACCCUGCUCAUUAACGUUGCUGCCUCAUUCAUUCCACCCUGCACCUGUCAGCUAUAGUUCCAGAAUACCGAAUCCCAAAGGAAGUUAAGCGCUGGUGUCACUGUCUCACUUUCCUGAGUGAUAUU